CGUCAUCAUUUUAGACCUACAACUAAGCCGAGUUUUCUCAUAGUUAAUGUUACUCUUUCCCGCUGCCAAACGAGAAGAGAGUUUAGAGAUGACUUUUGAGUUACAUCUGUUAAACUAAUAUAAGACUAAUAUCCCUUUUGACGUCGUUACAUAUUUAUUUUCCAUCGUGGCUGGAAUACUUUGGUCCCGAAGCCCGGCUCCUACGACGGAUGCCGCCGGUGCGACUAGCGAUUCUUCAAAUCCUAUUUCCCGCGAUAUCAUGACCGCGCCUCCCGCCCAUCCCAAUUUAACGCCCCAAUUCUGCUUCUCGACCGUAGCCCUUAGAGACUUCCUCCGAAUAUCUCGUAGUGUGAUAGACGACUCGAUAACCCAAAACCUCAAUGCUCUUUUAACGCCUGCUCAGUCGGGGUUUGACCCCUCCUCGACCUCUGCCCGGAUCCCUCGGGCUUCCAGUCGACCUAUCGAUCCACGGGCAUGCCAGGAAUUCAAGGACAAGGUCUUAUUCCCCUCCUGGCAAGCAAGGUCCGAUGUUUUGACUUACUGCGCCUACGUUGCUACCAGUCCAGAUCCAGAUGAUCCCGAAGUAUCUCUACGCGAAGCCGAGACCGAGAGGAAUCGUGAGCGGGUAGUCAACGAGAGAUUAGAUCCAUAUUCCGGGCGGUACUUCCCCCGAGAGCCUCGCACGGAAAUGCUGGCCAACCUACUAAGGCAAGAGAGAAGUGUCGAGAAUAUUGUACGUUCUCGAACGUGGGGUUUGGUGCGGGAGCGCUGCGGCGAUAGCUUUCAGGACGCGGAAGAGGCUCUGAACAAUUGGAGAACGGCAAGAGAGCGCCGCAGCCCGUAAUUGAAACCGAUUCAAGCAAUAUAAAUCAACGUUAGAUAAACUACAUUAAAUAGCUAUAUAACGUUGCCUAUGCCUACGUAGGUAGGUCUUUGUAUAAAUCUCACCAAUGUAAUACUAUUUGCCA